CUGGACUGGAUCUAGCUGCUACAAGGUAAUAGCUGUGCUUUAAGGAGGCGUGAAAACUAACGUUAACCGCCUAAGGUGUCACAUUUAUAACAUCUGACUCAGUCACUGACAAAGAUGAACAAAUACAGGAAUCAGAUGGCAGAGCAGUUCCUGAGUCAGGCCCUGGGCAUCAUCUGCCUGCUAACCGGAGAGGAAUACACCAUUGUGAAGAAGAGGCCCUCCCACAGCAGCGUUCAAUGGCUGAGCGGAGAGGUGCCUAUAAAGUGUGAUGAUGUUGCUGUGUAUUUCUCUAUGGAGGAGUGGGAGUAUAUAGAGGGACACAAGGAGCUUUACAAGGACGUCAUGAUGGAGACUCACCAAGCACUAAGGACUACGGAGACCCCAGGAAAUGAGAACUCAGAACUAACAGGUCACAGAGAUGAAAAUCUAAUCACAGGAGCACAUAGAGAACUUGUACAGAAUAUUCAGCCAGUGGAGACCCCAUCAGACGUCUCUGCAGAACUAACAGGUCACAGAGAUGAAAAUCUAGACACAGGAUCACAAGGAGACCUACAGAAUAUUCAGCCAUCUGAUGUCUCUGCAGGUGAGUGAUCUAUGGUAUAAGAUUCACAGUUAGACUCAGAUUCUAAAAUGUUUCCCCCUUAUGUUACAGAUGAGCCUCAGUACAGACAGAAUGUAAUAAUAAAAUCUAUUUGGUUCACACUCCUACCUUGUCUUUUCUUCUCUCUCACCCUCUGCUUCAUGUGAAUGGUACACACACAUGCCCUCUCUCACCCUCUGAUUCAUGUGAAUGGUACACACGCAUGCCCCUCUCUCACCCUCUACUUCAUGUGAAUGGUACACACGCAUGCCCUCUCUCACCCUCUGCUUCAUGUGAAUGGUACACACGCAUGCCCUCUCUCACCCUCUGCUUCAUGUGAA